AUUUCGCUAACUCUGCUCUUCAGUGCCUAGUGAAUGGUUCAACCCUUAACCAAAUUACGAUCAAAGUCCACGGCCCCACCUCACAGCCUUUCAGAGAACGCAGAGAAUCUCCUGGAACUGAACACCCGGAGUUUGGUUACUGGAGCCACAAACCAUGGUGACACCGCUUCAGCCGCGAGUUUGCCAACUGUCCAAGAAGGAAGGCGGCAGUUUUGGGUUUUUCUUGAGGAUCGAGAAGGAUGUGAAGGGUCACCUGAUCCGCACCGUGGCGAAGGGAGGUCCGGCCGACCAUGCGGGCCUGAAGGACGGUGACCGAGUGCUCAGGGUCAACGGGGUUUUCGUUGACACUGAGGAUCACCAACAGGUGGUGGAACUGAUCAAGAAGUCAGAAUCCUCAGUCAGCCUGACGGUACUGGAUGGUGCCUCGUAUGUCAGCGCCAUGAAGCAAGGCGUGGACCUGCUGCAGCUGGGCUGUGUGGACUCAGGGCCAAGCCAGCCGGUGGUGAACGGAGUCAGUGAGAAAACACACCGGCCGAGGCUCUGCUACCUGCUGAAACAAGAACGCGGCUUUGGAUUCUCACUGAAAAGCAUCAAAGGAGUCUCUGGACUGUUCAUGACGGAAAUUUCUCCCCUGGGUGCUGCUUCCAUCGCGGGCGUUGAACCCAACGACCGGAUCAUCCAGCUGAAUGGAGAAAACGUUGAGAACCUCACCCACGAGCAGAUGGUGACCAAGAUGCAGGCUUCGGGGAUCAACAUGGUGCUCCUGCUGAUCGACGAAGCCUCGGAUGAAUAUUUCAAGAGCAGAUCGGUCCCAGUAGUGGCAUCGAUGGCUAGUGUGAAAGGACUCCCUCUCAAGCCACGGAUAGUGGAGUUAACCAAGGAGGCAUCAGGCUAUGGGUUCUUCCUGAGGAUGGAACAGGGCCACCAGGGUCACAUCAUCAGGGCAAUUGAUCCAAACAGCCCAGCCGAAAAGGUGGGUCUAGUUGAUGGGGAUAUGCUGAUUGCUGUGAAUGGGACAAGCGUGGAACAUCUCGAUCAUGAGAAUGUGGUUGAAGUGAUAAAGAAAUGUGGGAACAAGACCACGUUCCUUGUUGUCGACAAUCUCACAAACAAGCUUUACAAACAGGCUGGCAUUUCUCCACUCUGCUACUGGAAUGAAGUCCAUGAGUCGUCCUGUGCUGAGAACAUCGAAGCGCCAGCAGAGAGUCCGAAGACAGAGGAUGGUCCAUCAGGCGAUACCAAACUUUGCCACCUCAUCAAAGGCCCAGAAGGAUUUGGCUUCACCAUCGAUGCCGUCCGGGGUUCACAGGGGCAGUCUAUUAGAAAGGUUGUGAAAGGAAGCCCAGCCAGUGAGGCUGGCCUGGAAGUGAAUGACAUUCUAAUAGAAGUGAAUGGCAACAGUGUGGAGAUGGACACACACAACGAGUUGGUGGAGAGAAUCAAUAGCUGUGGGGAUCAGCUGAGCUUGCUUGUGGUCAGGAAGGAAGGGUCGGAGCACCUCAAAGCCUCGGAGGAGCCUGCGUCUUUACCAGCAGACCUUGAGCCAACUCCCGAGCCCACCAGCACCCUCAAUGACAUCCAAGAGGAGAGCAAAGCUGAGGAGACAGCAGAGGAUCAUGAACUCCCCCAGAAGGCAGGAGAGCAGGACAAAUCCUCCUCCUCAGCUGAAGACAAUUCAGAUGAUGAUACACAAAUGUGAAAGGAUUAUAAAGGAAAUGUACACAGCCAAGGCACAUCAUCACCACUUCAGUAACAUGAUCACAUAAUCAUAAGUACAGUUUUCUUAAUGAAAUUCCCUCUAUUUUUGAAGUAAUAAUGCUCAAUGUAAGAAUCUAUAAAAUUUAAGUAUUGAAUCUCACUUCACAAUUGACAAUUAUGUGUGUCAGUGAUCUAAUUAGCCCUUGUCUCUCAAUCCUAAAAUACUGCUCCCUACCUCGCAUAUUUAACCAAAUACUUUCUGAACAUUACUGUAGAACUGCUUCCAGCAGACUGGUAUGCGAGUUUCCCUGUGAGUUAACAAGUCCAAAUGCACACAGUUGUACUUGGACAACCAUGAACCUUUUCAACAGCUCUGUAUAUAGUGUUACAAGUCCUAAAGAGCAGGAAUGGUCAUUUAUCCAAUCUGGCCACAGAGAUAUUUAGAAAGGUGACCUAAAGCUUAACCAAGUGGUACAUUUUCAGUGAAAAUAAAAAAUCAGAUUCUGGAAUCCUUUAACAAAAACAGAAAAUACUGGAAAAUCUCAGCAGGUUAGGCAGCAUCUGGGGAAAGAGAUGCAUGCACACAGUCAACAUCUCAGAUUAGCAAACCCUCCUCAGUAUGUUUUAAAGUGAGUCCUGAAAGGGAGGAAUGGCAGAGAGACAGAGGCAAUUGUGGAGUUUGGGCUACAGAAACUAUCAUUGGCCAAAUCCCUGGAAAACAGCUCUGUCUUUUGGUGGUUUGCUGGAAGUAAUUCCUACAAUAUACUGAGGGAUAGACAAUGUCAGUAUCCCUGUAAUAUAUACACAGAGAAACUUAAUGCACAAGGAAUAAGUAUAUCCUAGCAUAUUACAAGGAUACAAAUCAUUUCCAAUGUCAAAUCAAACCAAUUCCUAAGGUAUUUAAGGCUACUUGGCUGUCUCAACAUGACUGGAGUGAUCACCAAGUUUGAGUUUUAAAUAAAAUAUCGGUACAUCUUCGUGAGGGACAAAAUUCAAAAUAAAACCAGUGGGACUAUUAAUCCACAGCCCAUUGUACCAGUUGGUGGAUUCUCCUUCUCUGUCAUUGAUAAGUCAGUAACCAAGAGACCAUCCAACCAUCAGGCGGAUGAGAGGCAUGCCUUGGCAGUAGUAUUCUUUGAAACUGGGUUACUUUCGGAGAUCCUGCAGGAAUGAAAAUUACCAUAUGAAAAUAUUUACACUUAUGAAUAUGCCUCAUUAAUUGCUCAUAUAUUCAAUGGGUAUCACUGGCUGUAGUAUACUUAUAUAAAUCACUCUACAUUGAAGGAUGUUGCCUAACUUAAUGAAAUUUUUUAUAACCUGGAAGAAGUUUGUAAGUUCUCCCUGUGAUCGCAGGAGUUUCCUCCCACAUCCAAAAGUCUUAGGGUUUGGUUUAGUGAGUUACGGGCAUGCUAUGAUGGUGCUGGAAGCAUGGCGACUCUUGAAACUGCCCCUACCCCAAACGUCACUGAUUUGAUUUGUUGCAAUGGAUGCAUUUCACUGCUUUGAUGUUUUCAUGCAGUGACAAAUAUAAAGCUAAUCUUUACUCUUUAUUUGAUACAAUUUCCCAAUGUCCAUUAUCUUCACACCAUUUACUGGCCUCCAUCAAUCUCCUUGACUAAUGAUACAGGAACAGAAGGCCAUUCAGCCCCUCGAGACUUCCUCCCAUAUUAUUGGACCUCUCACUGCACAAAACUUUGGGCCCCUUAUCUUAGAAAGGAUAUGCUGCAAUUGGAGAGGAUUCAAAGGAGGUUCAUGAAAAUGAUUCCAGGAUUGAAUGGCUUGUCAUAUGAAGAAUGUUUGAUGACUCUAGGGCCUGUAUUCACUGGAAUUCAGAAGAAAGAGGGGUGACCUCAUUGAAACCUAUCAAAUGAUGAAAGGCCUUAAUAGAGUGGAGGAUAGGAUGUGGAGAGGAUGUUUCCUAUGGUGGGAGGUCUAAGAUUAGAGGACACACUUCAGAAUAGAGGGACGUCCUUUUAGAACGGAAAUGAGGAGGAAUUUCUUUUGCCAGAGUGUGGUGAAUCUGUGGAAAUCUUUGCCACAGGCAGCUGUGGAGGCCAAGUUUAUUUAAGGCAGAGGUAGAUAGAUUCUUGAUUGGUCAGAACAUGAAGUGAUACAGGGAGAAGGCAGGAGAUUGGGGCUGAGAGGAAAAUUGGAUCAGCCAUGAUGAAAUGGUGGAACAGAUUCAAUGGGCCAAAUGGCCUAAUUCUACUCCUAUAUUUUAUGGUCUUACAUAGGUUAAAAUGUAGGCUGCUGCUCUAGGCAGCAAAAUUAUUUUCAAACUUAAGUCUUGCCCAGUCCUAUUUGCUUUUAGGAGUCCUGGAAAUCUGGAAACCUAUCCUAAAUGGUGUGGUGCCCAGGGGUGGUGUGGGAAAAACAGAUGCCAGUGGAAAUUUGAGACCAAGUAAAAUUUUUGUUAGGGAUUCAAGGUUAUGUUCCAUUGUUCAGGUCUCUCCCUCAAGGGAUCUUAACUUCAACUAGAUCACAUAAAGAUUUUAAUACUCAAAGGAUCACAACCUUAUUAUAAAACAUGGCACAAAAGGUGGGUAAAUGAGGUUAAGGUAGAUUCAAUUUAAUAGUCUAAGAGGAGGCUUUGCUCCUUCUGCUCCUAUCAGAUCAGGAAACACCCAUCCAUGCAGUACAAUUGUUUCAGAUUCAUGAAUGCAAUGUCGAGGUCCAAGCUACAUAAUUAUAUGCUGUACUUAUGACUUUUUUUUCUGUAAAUAGAAACAAUAAAACUUUCAAUGGACAAAA